UAUAGAGACUACAUAUUAUUUAUCAAACAUUGCAUUUUCAUUCUCCAAUAAGCAAAAUGGUUUAUUCAAAUUCAUAUAUGUUCCUUGGUCUUGGUGUUUUUGUUCUUCUCUCUUCUCAUGUUUUGGCUUAUAAUAUGCGUGCUGAUCCCUCUAUCCAUGAUUCAACACUAGAUGACCAAAUGAGCAAUGAUUUUGUGAAGACUGCAUCAAUCGCUGAAUGUCCACCUGGGCCUCAUACUUAUCCUGAGUUAAGUGAUUCAACACUGAAUGACCAAAAGAGCAUAGAUUAUGUGAAGGAUGCAUCAACUGUUGAUCACAAUUGUCCUCCUGGACCUCAUACUCAUCCCGAGUUAAGUGUUUGGUUACAAGAAGAACAAAAUAGCAUAGAUAAAGUGAAGGUUCUCAUAACUGAUGAGGCACUAGAUAACCAAAAGGGCUUAGAAUACAAGGAUACUCGACAUAACGAUGGAUCCAUUGAAAUUUCAACAAGAACUGAAAAGGACAAUUUUAUCCCAUCAGAUGGACCCAUUGAAAUUUCAUCUAGAACUGAAAAGAAGAAUGUCAUCCCAUCAGAUGAAUCCAUUGAAAUUUCAACUGGAACUGAAAAGGAGAAUUUUAUCCCAUCAGUUGGACCCAUUGACCUUACAACUGGAGCUCAAAAGAAGAAUUUUAUCCCAUCAGUUGAUUGGAGGACUUUCCAUGCAAAAUACCCUUGGAUAAAAAAGAAUGAUCCUAACACUGUUACCGGAAGCCGAAAAUUACUCAAUGAUAUUGCCAGUGAAUAACGUGGAUAAGUUGUGUUAGCAUGAUGCCUCCAAAGACUUAUUGGAGGAUUUUCCAUGCAAAUCUGAUGAAGAAUAAUUGUGGAACCUAAAAAUCACUAAAUUAAGGACUUUAGUGAUGAGAAAAUAAAGUUGUACUAGGUUGAGUAGACCUUUUGCAAAUUAAACACGAAUUGUUGUUACUUAUGUUAAAUUUAUAUUAAAAAUUAUGUUAUUUAUGAAGUCUUUGUUCUCGA